CAAGACGACGAGCUUCAGAUAUCGCAGCAACUCCACCUGGCCAGGCCGGGCUCCGUCGCAUCCCACCACGGCUCUCGCUGGAUCCCGCGGCCGCCUGCCAUGACGGACCGCGCAGCCAAGCGCCUGCGGCGGCUCAGCACCGAGUACGAGACGUCGGAGGAUAACCACGAGUGGAACACCAGCAGUGCCCCGACCGCCUCGUCCACCCGCCCGCGCCGUGGCACCGCCGGCCGCGGCGAUGCGCCCGCCACCAUCCAGCGCUCGUCGCCCGAGGAGACGCGCCAGACGCUGUCGCUGACGGUCAAGUCGUCGCCCACCAAGCUGCGCCAGGCCACGGGCGCCCCCGCCGUGAGCAAGGGCAACCUGAGCCGCACCAACAUCGUCUCGGGCAAGCGCGCCUCGCGGAGCAGCCGCGUCGUGCACGAGGUCGACAGCGAGGACGACGCGAACGAGGACGACGUCGACGACGCCGAUGCCAUGGACCUCGAUGACGACGACGACGAGGAGGACGCCGACGGCAGCGACGACGACGACAUGGACGCCGAGGGCGACGAAGACGACGACGAGCCCAUCGCCGUGCCCGUCCACAAGCCCGUCCCCGUCGCCCCCAAGCCCAAGAUCAGCCUCACCAAAGCCCAGGACGCCGUCGAAGCCAAGGAGCUCGCCCUGUCCGACGACGACGACGAGCUCAGCGACCCCGACUCCUCGCUCGACGAGCUCGACGACGCCGAGGGCGACGACGACGACGCCGAGGGCGAAGACGACGACGACCUCGCCGGCCCGGAGCCCGACGUCGAAAUGGACUCGGACGACGACCUCAGCGGCCAGCCCCCCGACCUGACCAAGCUGACCCGCCGCCAGCGCGCCGUCCUCGAGCAGGAGGAGGACGGCUCGCUGCUGGCCCUCAGCAACGAGGCGCAGAAGAAGAAACACCUCACCGCCGAGGAACACGCCAUGCGCCGCGCCGAAAUGGCCCGCCGCCGCAAGAAUCUGAGCGAGAAGCGGAACGAGGAGGAGAAGCUCGACACCAUAAACCGCCUCCUCAAGAAACAGCCCCCGAAGCGCGGCCGCAAAUCCACCGCCGCCGAGCUCGACGAGUCGGGCCAGGAAAUCGAGAGCGAUGCUGACCGUGCCAAUCCGCUGUUUGUGCGCUACGUGCAGAACGCGAAAGGCGUGUGCGUGGGCGUGCCCGAGGAGUGGCUGGGCGCGCCGGUGGGGAGGGUGUUUGCGGGGGAUGUGGUGAAGGGUUUGCUGGUGGGCUGUGAUACACCGUCGACACACCGCCGAUCGAGAGGGGUGGUGGUGGUUUGUUUGGUGGUUUGUUUGGUGGAGGAGGUGGUGGUGGAGGAGGAGGAGGAGGAGGAGGUAGAGGAGGAAUUGGAGGAGGUAGAGGAGGAAUUGGAGGAGGUAGAGGAGGAAUUGGAGGAGGUGGAGGAGGAGGAGGUAGAGGAAUUGGUGGAGGUGGAGGACGUGGAGGAGGUGGAGGAGGAGGAGGUAGAGGAGGAGGAGGAGGAGGAGGAGGAGGAGGAGGAGGAGGAGGUAGAGGAAUUGGCGGAGGUGGAGGAGGAGGAGGUGGAGGUGGAGGAGGAGGUGCAAGACAAGACGAGUGUAAGGCAAGUGCAAGGCAAGUGCUGCAAUAGUGAUAGCAGUAGCGAACCGGGGUUUGCUUAG